AUGAACGCUGCUACUUCUGUUGCUCAUACCACAGACAUAUGGACAUCAUGCCAAACAAAAUCCUACUGCUGUGUUACAACUCAUCUAAUAAAUGGAGACUGGGAGCUGAAGUCAUACCUUUUGGAAACCUUUCAUUUCUGCUUGGAUCACACAGCAGCCAAUAUUUCGAUGGAGUUGCAACGAGUUGUUGAAAGCUGGAACAUACAAGAUAAAAUAGUAUGUGUGGUCACUGACAAUGCUGCUAACAUGGUGGCUGCUAUUUCAUCAACUCGUUGGCGUCAUCUACCAUGCUUUGCACACUCUCUAAAUGUUGUAGUCCAGAACUCAAUCAAGAGUGAUCCUGAGCUUUUUGCAGUACAAACAAAGUGUAAAAAUGUUGUUUCACACUUCCAUCGCAGUGUUAAAUCAACAGAGAAGCUAGGAGAGAUCCAACUCCAACUUUCACUCCCAGAGCACAAGUUGGUACAAGAUGUUUCCACUCGUUGGAUUUCAACUUACAUCAUGCUUGAACGUUUUUACGAGCAAUUUGAAGCAAUAACAACGACUCUCUGUUUGGUGAAUCAAAAUGAUCUUUGCUUGAAAGCUGACGGGAAGGAUAAUUCUAGAGCACUGCAACUAUUAAAGCAAUUUUUAGAAGCCACAGAGAACAUAUCAGGGCAAGCAUAUGUUUCUAUUUCAAUGAUAGUUCCUUUAACGAAAAUUCUUCAACAGCACUGUAGCUCACUUUAUAGAGCCAAUCCUUCCUCAGUACUUACUGGAUCCCUGAACUCAGAACUGAAUAACAGGUUUACGUCUAUUGAGACCCACUAUGUCACAGCAGUUAGCACGCUACUUGAUCCGCGUUUAAAAAAAAUUCCUUCGUUGACAAGACAGCCCUUAGCCACACAAUAA